CGUUAGGCAGCUUCCUGGAAUAUUCCAGAGACUCUUCCUCUCUCUAUAUAUAGAGGAAGAGCUUGCAUGUAUGUAGUCUUCACGCACUUCUUAAUUGAAUAUUCGAAACCUCACCUUUGAGUUGUUCAAGGUCUGGCCUCUCACACCUAUCCUCCCACCCAUCCACUCACAACAAUAACAACACACCAAGGUACCCCAAUCCAUAUCCUCAUCCAAAUACUACCUGUCCACUUCUCCUCUACAGAUCGGGCUGGAGUCGAAAUCAAUCUAGUCUAGUUUCCUAGAGUCGUCGAGACGAUGUUUUGCUCGUACCUCGUAGAUCGUUAGAGACUCUUAUACUGAGGUUGGGUCGAAAUACUCGCUUAGGAGUGAGUGGCUUUAAUAGUAGCAUUGAAAAUACAUUAAUCUUACCGAGAUAUAUGGAUACCUAGCAUGAGACAGAGCAGGUGGAAUUUACAGAGUACUGUCCAUUGGGAGACUGGUUGAAGUGAGAGUGAAAUAUUAUAGCAAACCUACCUGUGAGUAGAGUGAAGACUGGGUAAGAGAAUUGCAACUUGCAACUUACAACCUAGGUAACUUACUAACUCUGCAGCAUUGCAUCCCAGCAGAGCAGUGAACACACACCAGCACAUAAAUUUAGGUGAUACAAACAAGAUAGCAUAGAUUGCACUACAUCUGAAAAGCUUCUUCUGCAUUUCGCUCUACGCAUUCAGUAUACCAUCUGGCCAAAAACCAAGCCGUAGCCGCAACAGACACUUUUAUAUUACAACUCUUCUCAGCCUACAUACCACUCCAUCCUCAAGAUUUAACGAGCGAAAUCUCUCCCCUAACCGGCAUGCUCGACAAUCUCACUAGCCACCUUUCCAUCAUCACCAAUAUAGCUUCGGAUCUGUUCUGGCAACGCCACUUCCUUAUAGUCCUCAUCGUCAUCUUCCAGCAGUAGGAGAUUGAUACUCGAACAUUUGCUAGAGAAGACCUCGGUUUUCAUGCUUUCCUUUCCAAGAUAGAUUUGCGCACCAUCCACUUGGUCCAUCAUAAUCGUUGGCAGAGUGCCCGUGACUUGGAGUCCGAAGUUGCUAGCCUUGAUGACAUCAAUCGAUGAGACGAGGGACUCAAUAAUCAGUGAUAGACGAGGGCAGUUGUCAAUAGAAAUGGCGUUUGCUUUGCCUUUCACCAUUAUUGUGGUUUUGGUACAGCGGCUGACGAGGAUUGAGUGAGAAAUUUCGGCAUGGAUCUCAAUAGGGUUUGGCUCGUUAUCAUAGUUUUCCUAGAUUUGUUAGCACGCAAGUUCUCAUGUUUGAAUGAGGUGACGCUUACGAUGAUCCACUUAUUGCCUUCCAAUCGCUUGACAGGAGGCUUCUUGGUUCGCAUUCCUUCAGGUUUUGGCUUCUUGCUAGGCGCAGCCGGAGACUUGGCUCUCGAUGUCAAGCUAGCACUACUAUCACUGCGUGUUGGAACAGAUGCACCAGCUCUUAAUGAGGGAUUCUUGUGGGUCAUUUGGUCAGGGUUGACCUUUCUGAGCCCCUUGGUAACCGCCUCGCCCUUGUUUAAUUCGCUGAACACGGCAUCGAGACCCCCAACUUCAGGGGCAGGUGCGGGUUUCGCAGGCUCAUCAAAUCUUGCUGGUGGUGGGGGUGGUCCAGGUGGGGGAGGAGGUGGUGCUCCUUUAGAUGGUUGCUCAAAGCCUUUGACUACUUCUUCCAGAGGUUGGCCCUUGGGAUUCCAAGGAACACCAUGAGGGAAAGUCUCUACAAUGUAUUCCUUUAGAAUCUUGAAUAUCUGGUAGUAUGCUUGGAUCCAUUCGACUUGCUUAGGGUCACUAUGCUUUUUGUCAGCCUCCCAUCAUCUCAUUUCUGCGUAGGCAUAUUUACGAUUCCUUGAACUCCUUCAAUACUCGAUUACCCCAGUAUUCCGCAGAAGGCAAACAAUCCUCAAUCAUCUUUGCCGGUUUAGAUUCUAAAGUCACCCAGGCAAUAACCGAAAUACUUUCUGAGACGGCACUCAGAUGGUGCCAGAUUUCCUUCUUUGAGCGAUUCUUGUCGCGGACUUCGUUUACGUCCGAGAUGGCUUCUUGCAGAGGCUUGAGCAACUCCAUAAACAUUGGGGAAUCCAUAGCAGGUUUCUUCGCUUUUGCCGUGAUGAGAAGGAAUUUUCUUUGACCCAUAAAGGCCCGCAGGACACCAGCAGCCUACAACCCUCAUCAGUCCUAUAUCCGCCCAACACCUCCCGUGUAGCGUACCUGCUCUGAGAUUGGGCCUCCGAUUGCAUCGCUCAAUGCCACAAAUUUCUUCACUGGUCCCUGAAUGAAUAGAUCAAAGUCCUCGACGAACUCCGGGAUAUCCUCCUGGACGGACUUUGAGGCAGCCGGUGCACCUGCGACCGGAGGGGGAGGGAGAGGACCUGUUGGUGCAGGUGAUGGAGCGGCACCGUUUACCCCUUGAGGCUCAGCGAUGGUGGAGGAAGCUAUAUCCUCCAGCCGGGAGGUUGCUGCUUCGAGUCUGGUAAUGAUGGAUGUCAGCUCAGCGCGGGAGACGGUCGGUACGAUUUUGUCGUCCAUGAUGGAUGGAUAAUGUAGUAGUAAGAAUAAUAAGUUUAGUAAGAAUAAUAAGUUGUGCACGUAGGUAUUGGUACUUUGUACUCAAGUAGGUGUAUGGAGGUCGCUGCGGAGAGCUAGGUAGGUAGGUAGGGCUUGGUGGGUUGGUGGGUUGGUGGGAUUUGGGAUUUGGGAUAUGGGUUAUGGGAGGAAAGAGGUAUGGGUAUGACGGUACCUUUUGAUGAGCGUAGUCAGGUUGUGCAUAUUAUUUGUAGCCAUGGCUUUGACUUUGGCUGCAGGCAAUGGCAGUGGCAGAGCAGUGGGAGCUUGGAUCCGGGUUAACUGAAUGGAGGAAUGAUGCGCUGGCUUUCCCCUUUCCGCACGCGCGACAGAGUCAGUGGUUACAAGUCAAGUACCCAAUGCAAAUCUGACGGGGGGAGUGGAAUCAGAGUGCCAGUAAGAGAGCAGCGGCUGAGCCAGCGGAUUCAGUCCAGUCCAGACAACAGGUGAAGAUUGGGAUUGGCAAAGUUUGAGGUGAAGCACCAGCUGUCUCUGAGAGGAUAUGAAAAUGUCUGAGCUGUGGUACAAGUGAGGCCUGUACGAGUCUUCAUAGGUGAGCUCGAGUAGGCAUAGACAUAGGCGUCGACGCAGCCGCAGCCUGAUCUUUCGCGCUACUGUACGGAGUACUCAGGUCCAGAGAGUUGGCCCUGGCACGUAGAGCCUGGGUACACCUGCAGGGAUCUCCCAGGGCCCUUGCUUAAGCAUGGCAGGCAGGCAGGGCACUCAACCGUCAGCGUUGACAAGGCUUCAAGGUCGAGCCCGUUUAGCGAGAAGGCUGCAGCUCUCUCCCCUGCACGGUACCAAGUAUUGCAUUGCACUUGGACCUGCACCUGCUUGAACGGGCAACAGCCUUCUAUUUCUAGAGAAACCUUCUUGCGACUACACUACUCCCAGUUCCCCAGGUAAACAUCAUCACAUUCACAAGGUGGACACUACACCAAGAUGGCCUCGGAAGAACAGGACCGAGGCACGUCUCCCUCACAGGAGAUUGACUUCUGUACCAUGGGCAUGUUCAUCAUAGGUAAGCGCUUAUUCAUUCAUUUCACCAGACACCCACAAGCCAAUUCAAAGAUUAUUUUGCCAGAGCUUCCUCUGUUCACUGCCUAUAUUUCUGCCUUGUUGAGUUUUGGUACUUGAGUAGAUAUCCCUGCGGUUUGCAAUGGAGUCAUGUUUUUCUGAUUGUCUGCUUGCCUAUACUUUAUACACUAGCACUCUAUAUAAUUUUCACCCAUCUCUAUCUGUGGAAAAUCUCUGUUGGCUGCUUAUCCGCUACUGCUAUUUUCUUCCUGCAUUUAUUUAUAUGGAGUGGGGGUCACAAACUGGUAAAAGUCACACCGUUAUCGUAUCUUCCAAGUGGAAUAUCACCCUAGACAAGAGCUUCAAAAACGGUUAUGGGCCUGCCUUUACAUGAAUAUAUUACACUUUUGUCUGCCUGAUGCCUUCAAUCAUACUAUGCUGCCUUGCAAAAAAUACACAAUAUCACUUUCAGAUCUGACCCAAGCUCCAGAUGAAAUUCAUUACCACCCUCCCAAGCCACCAGUAUAUGACAUUCUCGGAGGUGGUGGCUCAUGGUCUGCCGUCGGUGCUCGCAUGUUCUCACCACCCCCACUAUCUAAGACCGUUUCCUGGAUUGUGGACGAAGGUUCGGAUUUCCCGGCAUCCAUCCGGGACCAAAUCGCCUCAUGGGAAACCUCUUGUCUGAUACGUUCCGAUCCAUCUCGACAUACGACCCGCGGAUGGAAUGGCUACGAUGAACACCAGAACAGAGCAUUCAAAUAUACAACAACCAAGUUGCGUCUUGACGAGAAUUCUUUAAGCGAGCCACUUCUGUUUUCAAAGUCUUUUCACUUGAUAUGCUCGCCCGCCCGGUGCAUACAACUCACCAAUGCCAUCCUCCGCCGACGGAAACGAGUCAACCCACGAGCACCCAAACCAAUUUUCAUAUGGGAGCCUGUUCCAGAUCUAUGCAUCCCAUCGGAGCUUUUAAACACCACAAAUGCUCUGCCUUAUGUUGACAUCUGCUCCCCAAAUCACCACGAACUAGCGACGUUGAUGGGCGACCCGGAUUUAGGUCUCGAUCCAGCAACAGGAGAAAUAUCCACAGCAGCUAUUGAGCGUUCUUGUGAACAGUGAGUAAUUACUUUCCUUUCUAAAUCCCGAGUUUCAUCCCAAAGGCCAGCCUGUGGGUUUUUUUCAUUUCCAGACAUUCAGCAACCACACGUUUUUGAAAUCCACUGAGUACUAACCUCGAGAAAAACAGGCUACUCAGCUCCAUGCCCCUCCAAUCAUACACCCUCAUAGUCCGCGCGGGACCCAAAGGCUGCUUCGUCGCCAAAAACGGCGGCCGCAGUCGUCGCCCCUCCAUCAUCCGCAAAAAACGACCCGCAAACCACGCACGCGGGGGCCUAACACCAGAAAUCGACAUGAUGGCCCUCUUCAGCGGUCUCAUCAACGCAGACGGAAGCGUUGAGCGCGAAAUCGUCACCGUAGACCCCGGCAUCGAGCGCUGGAUCCCCGCCUACUUCCAAGGCGAUGCUCAACCCGUCCCUGAUGCCGCUUUGUCGAUAUCAUGUAACCCACUCCCAUCCUCAGACCUCGAACCGCAGAGGACGGUCGUUCAACGGGUCCACUCAACCUUCGAUCUGAACCUCGACAAGAUGGAAAUCGAGGAGACUCACCGAGCCCAUGCGGUUGUUGAUCCUACCGGGGGCGGUAACGCUUUCCUCGGCGCACUAUCCGUUGGUCUCGCGCGCCAGAAGACGAUCCUCGAGGCGACGGCGUGGGGGAGUGUUGCGGCUUCGUUUGCGAUUGAGCAGGUGAGUGUGCCUACCGUGGGUGUUGAUGAUCAAGGGAGGGAGACGUGGAAUGGUGUUCGAGUUGAAGAGAGGCUUGAGGAGUUCUGUAAAAGGACGGGGUUGACUGGGUUGUGAGCCCAGGUGGCUGGGAGGAAACCCAGGUGAUGAUGUUUUUUUUUUCUUUUUUCAUGGAUGUAGUCGUUUGGGAGGCAAAGAUCUGUGGGUGGUGGUUUUAUCCUAGCCCGAAAAGUUUCGUGGGGUCAAUUUGGGUAGAUGCAAAUAUGGAAAAAUAAAUGGUGUGGGAGGGG